CUCAGACGGACAAGCAGAAGGCGUGUGAAUUGCCUCGCAUAAAUGGGACCUCGGAUAUAUGGGAAACUCGUUAUAUGGGACACCCUGGGCCGUGUCCCAUUUAUCCGAGGCCCACUGUAUGUUGUUGGGCACGGGGCGGAUGAGGGGGUCAUCCUUGUCGAGACAUCGGACAGACUCAGUCCAGCUCAUUGAUGUGUGCCUUACUUGUGUGUCAUGCAGGUGAUGACACCACCUGUAGAGGCGCAGGAGCAGCCUGCCGCGGGAGAGGACGGCGAUGGUGACGCGACGGACACCGCACAAGAGGGGUUGGGGCUCGUAGCGACGAGCCGAUGCCCUCACUCAACGGGGCACCGAAGGUGCGCACAGCACAAGAGAUACACAGAGAGAGAGAGAGAGAGUGAGUGGUGUCAGGGAGGGAGGCGGACACGCCUCGCUUGUCUGUGGACGUGUCCAUGCAGGAAGCGAGCAGUGGGCUAAAGAGCGCGUCAACAUGAUAGGGCAGGCAC